CCAAGCGAGAACCCAACAAAAGUACAAAAGAUGAACGCAGGCGUCUUUGCGCAAUUUGGACAUGAAUCCAAAUCCUUCCUAACCUCCUGAACAUUCUCUCUUCUUUCGCAUCUAUCUAUCUAUCUAUCUAUGGCUGAUAUGUACGGUACUCCUCCUUCUCUGCUCACCGCCUCCGCCACGCCUUCUGAUUCCGACGAUUUCUCCACCUUCUUCACCCACCUUCUCCAUAACUCGCCCUCCCCUUCCAUACUUUCCAAACCUAAAACCUCAGCGCCGCCGUGGCUCCCUCCGCCUGUGGGGACCGCUGGGUUUGGCCAAUCCGGGUCGGACUCCCCUCACAAAAAUGGCAAGUCUGUUGGGUCUUCCGGUGUAGUGUCUGAUUCUUUUGACUUUUCUGAUCCCUAUGCGUACGUUCCGGCUCAUGUGAUAGAGGCUACUGGAAAUGAGUUCUUUCCGACUCGUAUCGACGAUUCUGAUGAAAAUACUUGCUUCAAAGAACACAGGAUUUCGCCGGAGAUUGAUCCCGGCGAUUUCAUUUGUGCCGUCGAGAAGAAUGGUGAGGCGUCGCAGACACAGCGAGUCCCAGCACGUACUUCCUCAAAGAGGAGCAGAGCUGCAGAGGUUCAUAAUAUGUCUGAAAAGAGAAGGAGGAGUAGGAUUAACGAGAAAAUGAAGGCCUUACAGAACUUAAUUCCAAAUUCUAACAAGACGGAUAAAGCUUCAAUGCUGGACGAGGCGAUUGAAUAUUUGAAGCAGCUUCAGUUUCAAGUGCAAAUGUUAAUGAUGAGAAAUGGUUUGAGCUUGCAUCCAAUGUGUUUACCAGGAGGAGUGCAAUCCAUGACACUGCCUCAGACAGGGUUGAAUUUUGACGAGUCCAAUGGAUAUCAGACUUCUUCUCGCGGAAUUGCCUCGUCCGGGAAUGCUGAAUGCUUGGUGCACCCAGACUUCAGUCUUCCAAAGCAUUGCAGCAUCUCAGAUCAACCCGUGAUCAAGAUGGCCAACCCAGAUAAUUCAUCUGGCUUCAGAUUUCACGUUGCACAAUUCGACCCUUCUACGUCAUGCAAGGAUGCGCUCUCUGAUGGCGCGCCACAGCUCCAUUUGGAUGCCACGAAGAUUGAAAAGAGUGCGUCUUCUGAUGUCUCGCACAGUCUCCAAGGUCUUGGCUUCACUGUCACUGUGCUGUUUCGCCUUAUUCAUCGCUGCACAGAUACAGACUGCGUUCCACUUGCUGGUGGUUACUCUUCUCAUCCUCCUCCUCCUUCUUUCAUAACUUGGGGAGGGGAGAAGAAGAGAACAAUGACGAGCUACGCGUUUCUGAACGAUCAGCUCUCAAAGCACACUUCAAUUUUUGGGUUACGGCUCUGGGUGGUGCUCGGUAUAUGCGUCGGAGCAGCCAUUGUCAUUUUACUGUUUAUCAUAUCACUCUGGUUCGCUGCAAAACGCAAUAAUGCUUCCAAGCUCAAGUCUUGUCAGAAACCCAACAUCAACAUACCAAGUGUGUCCAAGGAGAUUCAAGAAAUCCGGAUUGACCAUUCUCGUGAACCAACCAAGCCAAACCUCGUGCCUAACCCCGACCCACUGCCGGAAUCACAGUCCGAGGCUCUAGAAAGAGCACAAGCCAUUCUUCUUCAGCAGGAGGACGAAAGCCCAGGAACAGGCCCCCACAAAAUUCACAUCGAAAUUGGAAAAGGCCACCGGAUUUCGUUCCCUGAGCGGGGUGGAGGUUCAUCUCAUGGCAGCGGGGAGGUUCGGUCCGGUGAGCAACCCUCCAUUGCUGUGCCGGAGGUUUCUCAUUUGGGUUGGGGGCACUGGUACACUCUUCGAGAGCUUGAGGUCUCCACCAAUUUUUUCGCCGAUGAGAACGUCAUAGGCGAAGGUGGCUACGGAAUUGUUUACCGAGGGGUGCUGCAAGAUAAUACCAAUGUUGCUGUUAAAAAUUUGCUCAACAAUAAGGGUCAAGCCGAGAGAGAAUUCAAGGUGGAAGUUCAAGCAAUUGGACGCGUUCGGCAUAAAAAUUUGGUGAGGUUGCUUGGAUACUGUGUUGAAGGAGCUCAUAGGAUGCUUGUUUAUGAGUAUGUGGACAAUGGAAAUCUGGAACAGUGGCUACACGGAGAUACCGGCCCUUCUAGCCCUCUGACGUGGGAUAUUCGAAUGAAUAUAAUCCUUGGAACUGCAAAAGGGUUAACAUACCUUCACGAGGGGCUUGAGCCGAAGGUUGUUCAUCGUGAUAUCAAGUCGAGCAAUAUAUUGCUUGAUAAGCGAUGGAAUCCGAAAGUUUCUGAUUUUGGGCUUGCAAAACUCUUGGGAUCCGAAAGGAGUUAUGUGACGACUCGCGUGAUGGGAACAUUUGGAUAUGUGGCGCCAGAAUAUGCAAGCACUGGCAUGUUAAACGAAAGAAGCGAUGUGUAUAGCUUUGGGGUUCUUCUUAUGGAGAUAAUUUCUGGUAGAAACCCAGUUGACUAUAGCCGUCCUCCAGGAGAGGUGAACCUGGUUGAGUGGCUGAAGACAAUGGUCACAAACCGAAAUGCGGAAGGUGUGCUGGAUCCUAGGCUGCCUGAGAAACCUCCUUCUAGAGCACUGAAGCGUGCCUUGUUAGUAGCUUUACGGUGUGUAGAUCCAAAUGUCCAGAAAAGGCCGAAGAUGGGACAUGUUAUCCAUAUGCUCGAGGCUGAUGAGUUCCCAUUUCGAGAUGACCGUAGAGUUGGAAGGGAAUAUGGAAGGUCCCAUCAGGAUAACACAAGAGAUAGGUUGAUGGAAAAGCGAGUGAGCGAAUCCGGUGACAAUGGUGUGUAUGAAAGUAGUUCCCACAAUAAAUAGGUAUUUAGUGAAUAAAGCAAGAACUUGAAGGACAGUAGCGUUGCUAGGGACGCUUUAAACACUGUCUUCUCUAACUGUACAUGUAAAGUGUUUGUUAGUCAAUAUGGUACUACAAGCUACUGUAUGCCAUUUAGUUGAAAGCACAAGCUGAACGUCUUAUCAGCCUAAAUUGUGUUCGCUCUGGUUCUUGUU